AUGAUGUUGGGGAGUGCUGGAUUCGUCGAUUCUGUCACCGCUACCACGAUCGAAUUGACAAUUUNNNNAAAUAAACGAAAGUCUCCAGGAUCUGAAAAGAGUGAUCUAUCGGAGGCUACACAACUUGCUCUUAAAGCACUUCAAAAAUAUGCGGUACAGAAUGAAAUACUUGAACAUCAGCAGCAAGGCUUGGUCGAUGCAUUAAUUGGAGAGAAAAAAAGGCAGAAGCGAGGCCGGCCACUGGGUUUAAUUAAUAAGGAUAAUCCCGGUGAGGCACAAUUCUUCUCACCAGGUAGAAUUGAAGCUGCACGACAGCAAAUACAAAAUAUUGAGUUACAAAAGGAACAAGGAAAGAUCGAGGCAGCAAACCGACGUACACAAAAGGCAUUUGCGCGCCAACAGAAGGCCCAAGAGAUCCAGGAACGGCGAGAGACUCGAAUCCGUGAACGAGAGGAGAAAAGGCGUCAAAAAGAACUUGAAAAGGAGCAACUUCGCGUGGCCCGGGAAGCCCAGAAGGAGGUAAAGCGAGCUAAAGAAAGGCUAGCAAAGCAGGUAAACACUAAAAAGAGGCGAUACAGUAAGGUUAUCGAGAGUAAUGAGGAGGUUUCUUCAAAGAGGCCAAAAACAGGCAUAUCUCGUUCUGGGCGAGCGAUCAACCUACCUAUACGAUUUAGGGAUUAGAUACUUAUGCUGGUUUGUUCACCA